UAUAGCUCCUAACCAAAGAUGGAGACUGCACCACUGCGAUUACUCGCUUCAGCUGCUGUCUUCCUUUGCUCCCAUUGCUUCUUCUGCUACGCAGACAACCGCGGCCCCAACUACACAUUCGUGAAGCAUGCAACGCAAGCCCCACGUGUGUCGUACCAUGACUACAUCAUCGUCGGCGGGGGAACCGCCGGCUGCCCUUUAGCCGCGACUUUGUCGCAGAUCUCCAACGUGCUGUUGCUCGAAAGAGGAGGCUCCCCGUACGGCAACCGCAACAUAUCGCGCAUGGAGCUCCAGGUAGAGAAUCUCGCCGACCGAUCCCUGACCUCGCCAGCCCAGCCCUUCGUCUCCGAGGACGGCGUCAUCAAUGUGCGAGCCCGCGUCCUUGGCGGGGGCACCUGCGUCAACUCUGGGUUCUACUCCCGCGCGAGUACCCAGGAGGUGAGGGACAUGGACUGGGACGCGCGGUUGGUGAACGAGUCAUACCAGUGGUUGGAGAAGGUGGUGACGUUCGAGCCAAAGCUGAUUCCGUGGACUUCGGCGCUCAAGGACGGGCUGCUGGAGGCCGGCGUCACGCCGUACAACGGGUUCACGUACGAUCACAUGUAUGGCACGAAGACAGGGGGGUCGACGUUCGAUCAAACUGGUCGUCGCCACACCGCGGCCGACCUGCUCCAGUAUGCCGAUCCCGACACGCUCACCGUUCUUUUGCGCGCGACGGUACAGAGGAUCUUGUUCAAGAAAGGAGGAAGGAGGCCACAGGCAUUCGGUGUGAUAUAUAAGGAUGAGAUGGGCAACAUGCACAAGGCCUACCUGAAGCAUGGCUCGGCCAGCGGUAUUAUAGUGUCAGCGGGAGCCCUUGGGAGCCCGCAGCUGCUGAUGUUGAGCGGCGUCGGCCCUGCCGACCACCUCAGAUCUCUUGGCAUUGAGGUAGUUCUGGACCAGCCGGCUGUGGGCCAAGGCAUGUCGGACAACCCGAUGAACGCCGUCAUCUUCCCCUCGCAGCAGCCAGUGGAGAUUACCUCCGUGCAAGUCGUCGGGAUCACUCGGUCGGGCAGCUACAUCGAGUCCUUCACCGGCUAUAACUACCUCCCUGCUCUAGCCGGCAACUCCUCUGGUGGCGACGGCGAUCAGCAAGCAUCCCAGCGGCGUCUUGGCGUCUUCCGCUCUCCUCGCAAGCAAAGAACUCAACUAAACAUGGUUGAGGGUGCCGACCAAGUAAGCAUUCCCGACGAGUUUUCAUUUCAAGGGGGACUGCUAUUCGAAAAAGUGGCGCGCCCUCUCUCUCAGGGUCAUCUUCGACUCAAGAACCGUAACCCGGACGAGAACCCCUCCGUCACCUUCAACUACUUCAUGAAACCUGAGGACGUUCAGGCGUGCGUCGAGGGCAUGAAGACGAUCAACAGAGUGAUCGAGUCCAAAUCAUUCUCGGACUUCCGGUACUCUAUCCUCUCAGUAGAUGAUCUCCUAGGUGUUUCUGCAAACUUCAUCGUGAACAACAGGCCAAGACAUGGCAGCUAUGACUCCACCACCCUGGAGCAGUACUGCAAGGACCUUGUGCUGACCAUGUACCAUUACCAUGGGGGGUGCCAAGUUGGCCGGGUGGUCGACCACGACUAUAAUGUUCACGGCGUUGACUCGCUCAGGGUCAUCGACGGCUCGACCUUCAACUUCUCUCCUGGAACCAAUCCUCAAGCUACCGUCAUGAUGUUAGGAAGGUACAUGGGAGUUAAAAUACAAAACCAGAGGUUGGAGCAGAAGAAGAUGAAGAAGCCUUAGCAUGAUAGUCGAACCAGUUUGCAAUUGAAUUCUUUCUCACAAUAAUUGUACUCCGUUCAUAGUACAUGACGCAAACUUUGUAUUCUUGAAUGCUCCCAUGCCUUGGAACGCUUUAUUAUGCUUC